AUGGACCCCGGGUUACGGAAGGCCAGCGGCCUGAGCAGUCUCACCGUCUCAUCCACCAAAUCAUUCGCUCCGCUUCUCAUCGACGAAAGCCAGUCAACAAGGAAAAGAAAAAAGUCUAUGCGGCGAUGCGCGAGUUUCGGCUCAAAAGUACGGAGUCUGCGGAGUAAGGAGGCGUGGGUGGAAGCAGCAAUCGAAGCAGUCCAAGACCUCAUCAACCUCAAGUGGCUCAUGGUUAUCGGGUGGCUCUUCGUUCUAAGUUGGCUCACCGGACUUGCCAUUUUGCUGAGCAAUGUCAUCGAUCAAGCUUUGUUUAAUGCUAGCUCGGAGGCUUCGGCUUGCCAGCCAGAUGGCAGCUUCAACAUCAUCAUGAAUCAGUACAAUUGGUGGGGUGCCUCCGGCUUUUUCCAGAUCACCAUGGCAUGGGGCGAGAUGACAUUUGCGAACGCCAAGAUUGUGGACGUUGGAUGGGAUGUGAUUUUCAGUCGAGGUGGACAGGCUUUGAUUGCCUGGAUCUCGUGGAACGUCUUUUCCGACUACGUCACGACGUCCAUCCAGGUCAGUCCCGUCACGUACGAGACGUUUUGGACCAUCUAUCUCCAGGAGACGCCGAAUUUCUACUCGACCUGGUACUUGCUUCGAGACUUUACCCGGUCUCACGGACUGCGUUCGCGGGUCGCCAUGACGUUCAUGGUCAUCGUCGCCAUCUUCAUACUGGUGUUUCCCACGCUCGGUAGCGCCAUGUCCGGAUACCAGGCGAACAGCGGUGCAUUUGUCAACGGAAUCGACGGAGAGAUGCUCAAGUUUUCGGAUUUCCACAUGAUUGCCUACGUCAUCCACGAUGGAGACAGGCUAAACUUGACCAAAGACUACCCAGUGACGUUCCUCCGAACCAAUUCCGAGCAGUUGAUUCGCGAGUCGGGGAGUGACUACGUUCCCUACACCUCCUACAGCAGCUACUACGGCUACGGCGGUUAUACCAGUAGAUUUGCGUAUUGCAUCAAUCCGCCCUACAGCGAAAACGCGGACCGCAUGAGAGACUGGGAAAAACAGUACCCGAUGAAUCAAAGAUGCAUCAUGCAUGGAAACGUCUCUGACUACGUCCAACAACACGGUUUCUUUGGACUGAAGAAUGAGAAGUCAACAUGGAUGAACAAGACUAUCGAGGCCCCGACCCUGAAUAUCUCAGCCUACUUCCUGCCGGAAAAGUACGACGCCCUCUAUGGCAAUAAUUGGACGGAUCCACGAACGGGCACGGAACCAUUUAGCGACAAGACUAAGGUCGCCUACUCGUAUAAGCUGGGUAACGGCACGUAUGGACUCGACUACAUCAAGGCCAACGGAAGCUGCCAGCCGGUGACCGAGCUCGACAACCUGAAUAGCUCAGUACGCGAGACGUACCAGUGGGGCUUCUCCUACAUCCAACUCUUCAUCAUGCUCAUCCUGCUGAUGCUAUGGACGAUCGGGAUGUCCGUCAUGUGGAUCAAGGCGCACAUGACGAUGAGAAUGCGCGGGAGGUUCGACAAGCCCAAGGGGUUCAAGGGUGUGCUGGAGCUUGCGGCGGCGAUUCGGAAAGAGCUGCAAGAGACCAACCCCGACGAUCUUUCGCAUGACCAGCUGUCCGAGGAAAUCCGGAAGCGUCUCAAGGGUGGCAGCAUCGAGCUCGAGAGUGCGGGCUCGCCGGCCAUGUACGGUAUCCUGAAGGGAUUCUGGGGAUGGAUCAAGGAAAGACGGUGGUGGGUGGCGGCGUGGUGUCUGCUCGUUAUUUUCGGCUCGAUGUUGGCCACGUACGAAGAGGGGACGUACUCGUGGGUUCUUGUGUUUAUGUCCUCGACCCUUGUCGCGAUGGUGGUCGGAGGCUCGCCGAGAAGUAGAGCGAUGCUGUGUCUCUGGGGAAGCAUCAUCGGGAUGAGUGUUUGGGUGGCGGUAAUAUCUUCAAUAAUGCAGCGGCACAAAUACGGCAGUUUCGGCGAAUACAUGUAA